AUGCCAUUUUCACGCAUAAAAAAAAUAGGGUAUAUUGCUAGUAAUGGAGCUGUUCAACCCUAUUACGCAUUCGUAAGUUUGGUUGCCCAUGGCAAACAACUUAUUCACAUUUUUUAACAAUGUUUCUAAUGAAGCGUGAAUAAUUAUAAUUAGUUUUACUUAUUUUAAAUAACUUUUGCACUGCGCGACGUAACAUUCAUCCAUCUAUCGUUACAAGCUUUCGCAUUUAUUAUAUUAAUAGGACCACUAACAGUACAGUGUUAUAUUAUCUGUGGUAGGACUAACAAUCCGGAUCGACUUCGCACAGCGAUAUUUUAAACACAGAAUCCCCAUAUAUUCUACAAGUAUGUUUCAAGAGGACAUAAUAAAAAUUGGAGAUAAUAAUAUAAAUUACUUAAAAGUCGGCAAUGGGCCACACAACGUGCUAUGUGUACCCGGCGCUCUGGGGUCCAUAUGGACCAACUUCAAACCACAAAUAGAAGGAUUUGACCGAGAGAUGUUCACAUUGGUAGCGUGGGAUCCUCCAGGCUACGGGAAAAGCAGACCACCAGAAAAAGACUUCCGCACUGAUUUCUAUGAGAGGGAUGCAGAUUGUGCAUAUGAACUAAUGAAGGCAUUAAAACUUCCAAAGUACUCCAUUUUGGGGUGGUGUGAUGGUGGGGCAGUUGGUAUGAUUCUCGCUGCCAAGCACCCAGAGGUCGUUGAGAAACUAGUAGUUUGGGCUAGCAAGGCAUUUAUCCUUCCACGUGAUUUGCUAAUAUACGACAAAUACAGAGAUGUAAAUGAAUGGUCUUUGAAUUAUAAAAGUGAGAUGGUUGAAGUGUACGGUGAACAUUUCGCCAGCUACUGGGCCAAGUGGACCGAUAAUGCUUUAUACGGUAUGUUUAAAGCUAAAAAUGGGGAUAUAUGUUUGGAUCGGUUGAAAGCCAUUAAAUGCCCCACGUUCAUACUGUACGGAGAACAAGAUCCGUUAACGAACAAGGACCACGCCAUUUACCUGCAUAAUCAUAUUGAAAACUCCAGAUUACACAAAUACCCGGCGGGCAAGCACAACGUACAUUUAAAGUACGCCGAUGAUUUCAACAGAAGAGUCCAAGACUUUUUACUAGAACCAAAAUAACGUUCACUCUUAACGAAGUUCGCAUUUGAUUUUGUAAAAAGAACAUUAUAGGUACCAGCUUAAAUAAAAUAAAAAAAAAAAUAACUGACUUUCCAUUCGCUACUUCGUACACAUGAAUUUCAAAUGUAAAAAAAUAAAUUAAAUAAACCUUUGUUAAUUUUUUUUUAUACAACUUAGAAUGGCAAACAAGCUGACGGCCCACCUGAUGGAAAGUAGUAGCCGUCGCCUAUAGACAUGAGCAGUACCAUGGACAUAACUGAGUAUACUGUUUCGCUCAUGAUACCCCCCAUGCGUUGCCAUUCCUGAGGACUCAGAUGUUAUUCCUCUGUACCCUGUAAAUUCACGCCAUAUCCCACCCUUCAAACCGAAACACAGCCAUGCAAACACAACUGCUUCACGGUUGAAACACGAAUGGGAGAGAGGUAUCCAAGCAAACGACUUUUGUACAAAGUCUCCCUCUCCAUCCUACUACCUCUCCCUUUAGUACUAUUUUCCUGUGUUCUCUCUUCGUUUUCCUUCGUCAUUUUCUUCUGUAAUAUGUGUGCUAUUAAGUAUGUGUAUGUUUAUGUAUAUAUUUGAUUGUGUAUGUAUAAUAAAUGUAUGUG